CUGACUCUUCUUCCUAUUGGGUUCCUAAUUCCUAUUCUUCUUUACAUUUUAUUCCAUUAUUAAGUAUUCUGGAAUAGUAGCGUAUGAUGUAACAUCAAUAGGAUUAGAAAAAGACGGGAUUUAUAUUUAUUUUUUUUUUGUUAACGGGGGAUCGAGGGGGACUGGGUUAGAUACGCUAUCGAUGGAAGGGAUUAUCCACCCGUCCCUAUCCCUUGCUGGUAUUCGCCCUCCCUUCUCCUUUCGCAGGGGGAUAUAGAAAGAAAGAGAGAGAAAGAGAGGCGAAAAGUUGGAACCUUUUUUUUGGGGGAAUUUUGGUCUCUGUCCCAAAGUUCCCCAAAUCGGUGGUUUUGGUUUCUGAGGGGGAGGGGAACAGGGAAAUCCUGUAAUGGUCAAGGUGGUCAUGGGGUUAAAGAAAUCGGGAAGUUAGGAGUUUUGGGGCGUCGGAAAGGGGACGGCGAUCGGUUUCUUGGGUGAAAAUUUUGAUCGUCUUUGGGGACGAUCGUUGGGAAUUUGGAUAUCGAGAUUUUUGGCCUCGUUUUUUCCGUGAAAAGGAAAGACAACAAAUCCGAUCUUUGUUGCGCGGUUUUGCGUUUUUCUUGCUUGUUACGAUCGGAAACAAGCUUGAUCGGCAACAAGGUUGAUAACCCUUCGGGUUUUGGGUUGGCAGCAUCGGAAUCGGCGGUCGAGAUUCGAUAAAGAAAGGGCCUUCUGGGAUCUCUUUGAUCGUUCAUCGCCGGAGCUCCGAUCGCCGCCGCCUCCGCCGCGAUGGCGAAUUCGUCGGCUUCGCUGGAUUACUGGAGGAAGUUUUUCCGCAGCGCGAAUUCGGACAUCUUCGAAGUCCUCGAGCAAGCGAUCCUCGUAGCGGCGUCCGAUUACCCCCAAGAAUUCAGAAGCAGGAGGGAUGGGAUUGGCGAGAAGCUCUACACCUGCCUCCUGCCGCGGUGUUUCGGGUGUGAUCGGGUCGAGUCUCGGGUGACGACGGAGGGCGGAGAGGAGGGAGAUGGCAGCGUCAAGAGAGAUGUCGAGAAGGAGUGCAAGGUCGACAGCAGCAACGAGCCGUCUGAGGACUUGAACCGGCUCGUUAGCAAUUACAGCUACGACGAGGCCGAGGCGUUAACCGAGGAGAUGGAGGAAGAAAGCCAAAUGUUUGAAGAGGUUUUGAGGAUUAAGGAUAUUCUUGCCAACAAGCAUGAUCAGUCGGAUAGUGUCUUGUUUGACUCAUUGAGGAGGCUGCAGCUGAUGGAGCUUUCUGUAGAGACCUUGAAGGCAACUGAAAUUGGAAGGGCUGUUAAUGGUCUGCGGAAACACAAUUCCAAGCAAAUUCGUCAUCUUGUGCGCACCCUCAUUGAUGGUUGGAAAGUUUUGGUUGAUGAGUGGGUCAGUGCAACCGCUGCCAUUGCAGAUAAUUCCCCAGCCUCUGUCAAUCCUUCUGUUGUGGAUGAGGAGGAAGGGCUCCCAUCACCUCCAUUAGAUGAGGGAGCUUUAUGGGCUACGCAGACUACUUGCAUCCAGCUAUCUGAGUUCUUCGACGGAAUGGAUGACGAUGGAAAUUUGAGAAAUAACGGGGAGUUUGACAAGAACCGGGAAAACAGAAAGAGGCAUCCAGUGAACCAUGAACCAAUGAGGAAGCAGCAACCUCCAUGCCGGCCAGUUGUUACUGAAGAUAGGGGGCAGAUGAGGAAACAAGAACCAAUAGUGAGGCAAGCAAAGCCACAGGAAGCCUCUGCUUUCCAAGCUAAGCCUCAAGGCAUUAUGAGGAAAGAAAGCAAGCCUAUCAGUGCUGACUUUGGCCCUGGGAGACCAGCUAGGCUACCUUCUGAGCAGAAAGCUGGUAAUGAGAUGAAAGCUAAACAACAAGAUCUUUCUGCCAUCCAGAGGAAGCCCCCAAUGAUUCCACAAGAUUCAAAAUAUUCUGAAGAGGCAUUGGUUCGGGCCAAGUUAGAGGCAGCGAAGAGGAAACUUCAUGAGGGUUACCAGCAAGCUGAAAAUGCAAAGAAACAGAGAACGAUACAAGUGAUGGAGCUGCAUGAUAUACCAAAGCAGAGCCACCACCAUAGACAGCCUAACAUGAAACCUCGAAACAACUUUAGGAGCUGGGCGAAUGGGCGUUUUUAGUUGUGUCAGUUGGAGCUGCAAACUGCAUCCAUGGAUGAUCCCUUUCUAUAAGUGGAAGAGGAUAUUCUGCUUGCUGCCAGAAUUUGUAUCUACCAGCUGAGAUCAUUGUCAAGACUAAAGAAUUUUUUUCCAAAAUAGUUAGAUACUUAGAUUAUAUAGUACCAUAAAUGGGGAUGGUGAGAGGUUCAUUAGCUUCUUAAGCUGGUGACAGAGAAGCCUGACUCAAAAGAGUUCAACUGAAAGAAGACAUUUUGAGAGUUGGACUGUAUUCUAACCAAGUCAUAAGUGAUUGGUUCAUUAUUAAGAUAAGCUUUGUAGAGAUAACAUAAUAGAAUUCAAAAAACCACCUUAUCAUUCUCCAUCCCUGUUAUUUUUCUUUGCUGGUCCCUCCAUGAUGUAACAACAGCACUAUUUAGCUAACUUAUCAAAACAUUUAUAGUCUUAAUUGCAGUUCUUGUGGAUGUAUUUGUUGGUUA